CAUCUCAUUUUCUCAAUUUUUUUCUAACAAAACUACAAAACCCUCUGAGCCUCAAGUAGCAGCGACUCUUCGUCGAUCGUCUCUCGUGCUUCACCAACCAACCAACCAACAAACUCAACCACCGCCUCCGAUCGUUUAGGGUUUCGUUCGGUCCCGACAUGGAGCCGCCACGUGUAAUGGAGGUGCACCCGGCGAUGACCGAAGAAGACCCUACCUCAGCUCUGUGGGACUUCGGAGACCUCCUCGACUUCACCGUUGACGAUCAUUUCUCUAUGUCCCUAGAUCCCGAUCAACUUCCCUCGCCGCCGCCGCAACCGCCGCCGCCGAUUAUCGACCAGAGUCUCGAUUUUUCGCAGGAGGAUUCGCAGGUGGAUACGGAUCCUCCGGGCCCGAGUUCCGGGAAGAUCCGGAAACGGGAUCCGAGGCUGACGUGUACCAAUUACUUGGCGGGUCGGAUCCCUUGUGCGUGUCCGGAGAUGGACGAGAAGCUCGAGAUGGAAGGGAGCCUCCGGGGGAAGAAGCGGUCCAGGAUAGUUCGGGCCUCGACCCGAACCGCCCGGUGCCAAGUACCCGGGUGCGAGGCCGAUAUCAGUGAGCUCAAAGGUUAUCAUCGAAGGCAUAGGGUUUGUUUGCGCUGCGCUAAUGCGAGUGAGGUUUUUCUUGACGGUGAUACCAAGAGAUAUUGCCAGCAGUGUGGAAAGUUUCACAUCUUAUCAGAUUUUGAUGAGGGUAAACGGAGUUGUCGAAGAAAAUUGGAACGCCACAACAAUAGACGGAGGAGAAAGCCUGCUGAUUCUGGAAUUGCAGAUGAGAAGGAACCUCAAGGGUCCUUGCAGACUGAAGAUGGCCCUUGUGAUGAUGAAACGGGAAAAGAUAGUUUAUGCUUGAGCAGCCCCAUAACUGAAACGGAAGCAUUCUUGGAGUCUGAAGAUGGACAAGUUACUACCCUCUGCUCAGCUCUCGAUUCUCAGAAUAUCCAUGGUGAUGCAUCUUUUACAGCUUCUGGUGAAACCCAAAUGGAUGGAGGAAAAGAUAAUUCCAAAUGUUCUCUGUCUCAGUUGUAUGACAACAAGAAUGACUACUCAUCUAUGUGUCCAACAGGUCGAAUCUCAUUCAAGCUGUAUGAUUGGAACCCGGCAGAAUUCCCUAGAAGACUCCGGCACCAAAUAUUCCAAUGGUUGGCCAAUAUGCCCGUUGAGUUGGAGGGGUAUAUCCGCCCUGGAUGUACAAUAUUAACUGUGUUCAUUACAAUGCCAAAGUUUAUGUGGGCAAAGUUAUUUGAAGAUCCUGCAUCAUAUCUACUUGACUUUGUUGCCCCUGGAAGGAUGCUAUCUGGAAAAGGCACUAUACUUGUUUUUAUGAAUGACAUGAUUUUCCGGGUAAUGAAAGGUGGAACUUCUGUGAUGAAACUUAAGGUGGAGGUGCAAGCCCCAAGGCUUCACUAUGUUCAUCCUAUAUGUUUUGAGGCUGGAAAGCCUAUGGAGUUCGUUGCUUGUGGAAGUAAUUUGAUACAGUCUAAGUUUCGGUUUCUUGUAUCUUUUGCUGGAAAGUAUCUUGCACAUGAUUAUAGUGUUGCAUCUAAGCAUGGUCAGACUGAUGGUGAUACUGCUUCUAGUUUUAACCAUCAGUUGUACAAGAUAUGUAUCCCUCAAACUGAACCAGAUCUUUGUGGUCCUGCAUUUGUUGAGGUUGAGAAUGAGUCUGGCUUAUCUAACUUUAUUCCAAUACUAAUUGGAGACAAAGAAAUUUGUGCUGAAAUGGAGAUAUUGCAGCAGAGAUUUGAUGCUUCUCCUUUUCUGAAUGAAUCAGAGUUUGCAGCUAUUGGUCCUAUGUCUGACUUGCGUGAGGUUUCUGCAUUGAGACAAUCGACAUUAUCUGAAUUUCUUUUAGAUGUAGCAUGGCUAAUUAAGGAGCCUGCAUCAGAAAAUUUUCAGCAGUUUAUCACUGCUUCACAGAUUCAAAGAUUUAAUAGUCUUUUGAGCUUUCUGAUGUGUAAUAACUCGACCACCAUUUUGGAGAAACUGUUACAGAAACUGAAGAUUGUGAUAAGCAACAUGGAAUUUAACAGUGUGGCUAAAGGCACUUUUGAUGCUGAUUUGAGUUUACUACAGAAAUACCUUGACAAUGCGAGAGCUAUUCUUUGCAAAAAACAUAAGAAAAGUGAAAGUUCAAUGCAAUCGGGAGCUGUGCCAAAAGGUGAUCAUUUUUCUGAAAGCCGCUUUCAAGAAAAUAUGCUCUUGGUUCCAAUCAACAGGAAGGAUAUGGAGAUAAUCACAAAUGAUAAGUUGGGGGUAGAGACAUGUUCAGCUUCUACUUGUAGAAGUGAGACUGUUCCCCUGUUGAAUAGAGAGGUUAUCAUGAAUGUUAACCCUGCAUGGCCAAGAAAGUCAUGUGGUCGCAUUUUUUCUGGGGCAAUCUUGGGCUCUCGCCCUGGUAUAUUUGUAAUUGGCUUUGCUGCUGUUUGUUUAGGGAUGUGUGCCGUUCUACUUCACCCUCACAAGGUUAGCGAAUUUGCAGUUUCUAUUCGCAGGUGUCUGUUUGAUAGAAUCUAGAGAAAUAUUGGAUGUUAAAGUGACGCGGACACGAGGUACAAGCCCUCAAUUACAUGCACUUAUAGGAGGAAAAGCAAAAAGAAGACGGUUCAACUUAUGGCCUUAUGGAUGGAGCCUAUUAGUUAUUGGGCUUGAGAUUAAGCAAGUCCGAACAUUUAAUAAUUAGGGUUUCUUGAUGCAUUUUUAUUAUUAGCUAUUUAAACACUUUUUUCUAAUUAUUGUAAGACAGUUUUUGAGAAUUAUUAAAAAAACGUGUGUUUUCUUUUCAUUGGUGUCGACUCUAGUUUUGCUUGGUGCUGACUCCAAGCAUCCCUUAGGUACUGACUCCUAAGAUUUAUCUUUUGUUCUAUUGUUAGUGUGGUUGUAGGGCUGACUUCCAUCUGUAAAUAUCAAUUGUAAACCAACACUAACUAAGCUGUUCAAAGUUUUGACAUGUGAAUGUGCUCAUUGCGUUGGAAGCUUGAUAUCUAAGUUCAAAUUGUCACAUCUGCAUCAGUCGAACGUUUUUGUUCAUUUGCAGGUUGAGAGUGGGGGCACUAUUAGCUUGGGAAUAAUGUAAUUCUAUGUAUUUUCCUCUUAAUUUUGAAAAAAAAAAAAUCGAUUUUU